AUGAUUCGGAAAAAGCUAUCAGUGCCGAGUCGAGACCUCCAGGGAGUGAUGCUCCAGACGGCGGCUCUGGUGCGUGGCUUGUCGUGCUCGGUGCCUGGUGCACUUCCUUUUGCAGUUUUGGUUGGCUCAACAGAGUACUAUCAGAAUGAGCUGCUUAACGGCUAUUCGCCAAGCACCAUUUCAUGGAUUUCAUCGCUGGAAAUCUUCUUCAUGAUGGGCAUGGGACCCUUCGUGGGGGCCGUGUAUGAUCGCUACGGUCCCCGGCUAUUGCUCCUAAUCGGGAGUAUUAUGCACGUCUUUGGAAUUAUGAUGGCUAGUCUUGGAAAGGACUACUAUCAGAUACUGCUCGCGCAGGGACUCUGUUCUGGUCUUGGUGCCUCGGCGAUCUUCUCACCCUCUAUCACCUGCGCGGCGGCAUGGUUUAACCGCAAUCGUGGAGCAGCGUUUGGGGUACUAUUCACAGGCUCCAGCGUUGGCGGUAUCGUUUUCCCCAUCCUGGUAUCACAUCUCAUCCGCGAAAUCGGGUUCGGUUGGGCUAUGCGCGUCUGCGCAUUUCUGAUACUUUUCCUCCUCAUCAUCGCCAAUGUAACUGUUCGUGCCUGGCAGCCUCCGAGACCCAAGAGGGUUACAGGGGCGCAACUCGUUAAGCCGCUCACCGAAUUCCAAUUUGUCCUACUUGCAGUCGGUUUCUUCCUCUUCACGUAUGGCUUCUACGUGCCCAUCAAUUACCUUCCCACCCAAGCGCUAGCGGCAGGAAUGAGCUCGAACCUCGCUCAGUAUCUCCUGCCGAUCUUGAAUGCAGGCUCUCUUUUUGGCCGUCUUUUCGCAGGCUUUAUGAGCGACAAAAUAGGCCGGUACAACAUCUUCAUCGUCGUGUGCUAUCUGUCGGGAAUCUUUAUUCUGGCCCUCUGGUUGCCGGACUCCAGCAAUGCGGGCCUGGUUGCCUUUGCUCUUUUUUUCGGCUUUUUUUCGGGGUCUUAUGUUUCCUUAAUUACGCCUUUGAUCAUGCAGGUUUCGCCCAUGGCGGAGCUUGGCUUCCGUACAGGUAUUGUUCUUUUCGCUAGCGCGAUUGCUGGCUUGACAACGAAUCCUAUCAAUGGCGCUAUCUUGGAAAGUGGUGGUGGAUGGUCUGGAUUGAAGAUCUUUUCUGGGGUGUUCUGUCUCGUUGGCACUACAGUAGUGCUUAUUGCGAGGAUAAGGAAAACGGGGUGGGAACUCUUCGUUGUGUUUUAA